AUGCGUACUUCUACCUUCCUCCUCGCCGCCUCCACGGCUGGCUCAGUUCUCGGCGUCCCUCUGGUCAAGAAGGACAACUACGACCCUCUCCCCGGAGGUGACAUUGAUAUCCUCAACUAUGCCCUCACGCUUGAGUUCCUUGAGCGCAAAUUCUACGAGCAGGGCCUGGCAAACUACACCAAGGAGGAGCUUACUGGUGCCGGUCUGGAUGCCAACCUCUAUGAGAACCUUCAGACCAUCUAUUCUGAUGAGAAGACACACGUUGACUUCCUCGCGGGCGCACUUGGUGAUAAGGCCAUUCCUGAGCCCACCUUUGCUUUCCCUUCCACUGACGCCAAGUCCUUCCUCGGCCUUUCCGCCAUUCUCGAGGGUGUCGGUGUUUCGGCCUACCUCGGCGCUGCCGCCGUCAUCGCCGACAAGGCUUACGUGACCGCUGCCGGCGCUAUCCUGACCGUCGAGGCUCGCCACGCAGCCUACAUCCGUAAUGCCAUCGGCCAAAAACCCUUCCCCACCCCGUUCGACACCCCCCUCAACUUCAACCAGGUCUUCUCUCUCGCUGCCCAGUUUGUCGCCGGUUUCGCCCCUGGUACCCCUGAGCUCCCCUUCCGCGCCUUUCCCUCUCUGUCUGUCGUCAAGGCUGGCCACGGCCUCGUCUUCCCCGGCGCUGCUGCUGCCGCUGAGAAGGAGGGUCUUGUCAAGUACGGACAGAAGGUCUCUGCCGUCUUCUACUCUGGCCUCGACACCUACUACGGCUGCCUUUCUCGCAACGGUGACGACGGCAAGGACGGCAAGGCCGGUCCCGCUGGUCAGGUCUACGUCAUCCUCAGCACUGCCGACGGUAACACCGUCCAGGCUGCUGAUGAGAAUACCGUUGCCGGUGUGGGCAUCCUUGAGCUAUAA